AUGGCCAAGAAUGAGGAAGGAAGUAGUAUUCCGAGCUGGGGGGCUUCGUUUUUCGUACCGAGUUCAGAAGAUGUUGCAAUGGCUUUUGCUGCUGCUGCCUCCGCGAUAAACCCGCCAAGGCCUUCAGUAGUCUUCUCAUCGAAAGAAGAAAGCAGUAACAGCCCUCUGGAGAGGCUACAGAGGCAGGUCUCGAGAGCGGUUAAAAACUUCUAUGAAACUCCUAAAACCAAGAGUAUAGUGUACAAUCCUGAGGUUUUGACUAGCCAAAAGCGUCAGUGGGCGAAUUUUCAGGUCCAGUAUUUGGAUCAUAAACCGUUAAAAGACCCCUCGAGGCUUUUUGAAAGCGUUGUUGUGGUUGGACUUCAUCCUAAUUGUGAUAUUCAAGCACUUGAAAGGCAGUACAUUGCAAGGAAAUCCGAAGGCUCUUCUGGGAGAUUGCGAAGUGCGCUGGUCUCUCAGAAUCAUUCCCGUGUAGAACCUACUCUCGAGCCUCAGGUCUUACUUGUGUACCCUCCUGAUAAACAUCCUCCAAUUAAAUACAAGGAUCUUCAUUCAUUUUGCUUUCCUGGUGGCAUUGAGGUCCAUGCUGUUGAGAGAACUCCUUCCAUGAGUGAGUUGAGUGAGAUCAUUCUAAGUCAGGAACAUCUUAGACCUAGUGACCUUUCAUUUGUAUUUAGGUUACAGGUUGCUGAUAAUUCGACUUUGUAUGGAUGUUGCUUACUAGUAGAAGAAAUAGUGAACAAACCGCCCAGGUUGCUUUCCACGGUUUUAGACAAACAACCUGAUUGCUCACCGUUAAGUCGCUAUGUUAUGACAACUCGCAGAUGCUAUUGCAUCCUUACCAGGCUGCCGUUUUUCGAAUUGCAUUUCGGUGUGUUAAAUAGCAUCUUCUUAGAAGAAAGAUUGGAGCAUUUGAUGAGUGGCAUUAGUUGUGUAUCUUUAGAACCCCCAACAGAUUUUAGUAAUGGAGAAUGCUUAAAUGAUUCAUCAUCCCAACAAAGAGACUCUGGUGACACAGACGAGCAAACUGGUGAAGCAGUUUCAGAACUCCCUGAAGCCGGCGAAAUCUCAGAUAAUGGGGCAUGUGAGAUGAAUCAUAAAGUUGAGACAGUUGAGAAAGUUGCAAAAGAAUCCGAGCUCUGUUUUGCAGAGUCUAACAACCAUGUCGCCGAAGCUGAUGAUACCUUGCCAAGUAUUAAGCAAGGCGGAGAAAGUUGUUUACCAGAUCCUGGCCCCCUUCUUCGGUGCCCUUACUUAGAUGAGAUCUCUGAUUUUAGCUCUAGUACUGACAUUGUGCACUUUGACCUUCUUGAUCAUAUUUUCAAAGCAGUAACUUCCAAAAAGAAUGGGUCGUUGCAGUUACUUUGUGAGUAUUACCAAUUAAAAUGCCCAGCAAGAGGUUCAACUAUUACAUUUCAUCCUCUGGAGCAUCUUCAUCCGGUUACAUAUCAUAGACCCGAUGAAGCCGCGUUGCAUACUCCCGGAUCAACAAUUGACCUGAGAUCAUGCAGCACUAGUCUAGAACUCGCGGAGGCACACACCGCGCUCAUGGCUGAGGAAGAAGCAGCUGCGUUAUCAACAUGGGCUGUUGCGUCGUUAUGUGGAUCACUGCGGCUUGACAAUGUCUUGAUGAUUCUAGCAGGAGCACUGCUUGAGAAACAGAUUGUAUUUAUUUGCUCCAAUUUGGGACUUUUAGCUGCAUCAGUUCUAUCAAUUAUCCCAGUAAUUCGUCCCUUUCGAUGGCAGAGCCUUUUAAUGCCGGUUUUGCCAGAUGAUAUGCUGGAAUUUUUGGAUGCCCCAGUCCCUUACAUAGUUGGAGUAAAGAACAAAACAAGCGAAGUUCAGUCGAAACUAACAAAUGUUAUCGUCGUGGAUAUUACUAAGAACCAGGUUAAGUCAACAAGUGUUCCUCAGCUGCCUCAGUAUCGAGACUUAUAUAAUGCGCUGACUCCAUAUCACACGAAGCUCGUUGGAGAAAGUUAUCUAGCAAAGAAAAGACCAGUAUAUGAAUGUACUGAUGUGCAGGUGGAAGCUGCAAAAGGCUUCCUCAGUGUCCUUAGGUCGUACCUGGACUCUCUUUGCUCUAAUCUGCAGUCACAUACAAUAACAGAUGUGCAAUCCAACAAUGAUAAGGGUUUGUUUCAGGUAUCACUUCUCUUAAAAGAAAGUUUCAUUGACUCGUUUCCUAGUCGUCAUCGCCCGUUCAUGAAGCUAUUCUUGGAUACACAACUCUUCUCUGUACAUACGGAUCUCGUUCUUUCCUUUAUCCAGAAGCUAUAG